AUUAAAAUACAAUUAUAAAAACUAAAAACUAUGAAUAUGAACAUUUAUAAAGGACGGAAAUGAUACAAGGCCACUGGAUUUAUCAGAUUGGGACAGUAUUAUAAUUCAAUGCGGAUGAGAGAGACUUACUUAAUGAUUUUUGAAAAAUGUGACAGAAUGAAUCGUAAGCGUUGGAGAUGGCGGACAUCUCCUGUCAACUUUGACCCUGUAAUGUUAACAUCAAGAUCAAUAUGCAAAUAUCGAGAUUUUAACUUUUCAAUGAUUUUAUUUUUGUUACUUUUUGCCUGUGAUAUACUGCAAUCAACAAAAGUUUCAGCAAACAUUUUAUCCUUCAAUAUUAGUGAAAAUUUACCUACACAGACUCAAGUAGGAAUCAUAAACGGAGGAAUCAGCAGUUAUUUUAUUGCUGAAAAGACCAAAGGAGUUAAUGAUGCAUUUGAUGUGAGCAAAAUAGAAGGUACAGGCACCAUCAUAACUAUUGCAGAACUAAACAGAGAAAAUAUUGAGCAAUAUAACAUGACGCUUUACGAUUCUAUGAAUGAUGUUUCUUAUAAGGUCACUGUAAACAUCCUCGAUGUCAACGAUAAUUCACCUACAUUCGCUCAAGAAAAAAUAUCAUUAGAAAUAUCAGAACUUGCUAAGAUUGGUUCUGAGUUUAAUCUGGGAUCAGCACUGGAUGAAGAUGCCCCACCAUUCAAUGUUCUGGGUUAUCGGCUUGUCGAAGCAAGCGAAUAUUUUGAUGUUAAUACAACUGAGUUAAAAGAUGAAAGUACAAGAUUCGCUGAACUGGUGGUUAUUAAACAAUUAGACAGAGAAACUACACCCUAUCACAUCGUAAAAAUUGAAGCAUACGACGGCGGAACACCGGAACCAAACACCGGCAGAAUUACUGUGAAUGUCUCGGUCUCAGAUAGCAAUGACAACUCUCCCGUGUUCGUUUUAUCCACAUACAAUGCGACGGUUUCAGAAGGUGAUAAUGUAGGAAGUGACGUCAUAACAGUGAAAGCGACGGACCGUGAUGCAGGCGUGAACGGUGAUAUCACAUACAGCAUUGACAGAGAGAAAAGCGAUCCCGACGAACUUUUCAGGAUUAACCCGGGAACAGGGAGAAUAUAUAUUAAUAAAAAAUUAGAUUCUGAAUCAGAAACUCAGCAUCGUCUCACUGUGCUUGCAACAGAUGGGGGAGCACAGGCUCAAGUCGGUUCAACAUUGGUUAUUAUUUACGUAGAAGAUGUCAAUGAUAACCAACCUACAAUCAACAUUAUUUUCCUGGGAUCAAACGAUGGGAAAGUGUCGGAAGGCGCUGAAAUUGGCGAUUAUAUUGCUCGAAUAUCGGUUUCCGAUCCUGAUGUUGGAGACGUAGAAAAAUUCAAUGUUACCAUGACAGGGGGAGAGGGAAGAUUUGGAUUAAAAACGGACAAUGGCGUUGUAUACUUGGUGCGUGUUGAAGAACGACUAGACAGAGAAGAAAAAGCUUUUUAUGAUAUUCUGCUCAAUGCGACCGAUUUUGGAAGUCCACCUAAAUCUGCAUCCGCGUCCUUCACAAUAGAAGUAGAAGAUAUAAACGACAACCCACCACGAUUCGAUCAAAAUACUUAUGUCGUCGACAUCAGUGAAGAGAGUUUUCCUGGGACCUUUGUCAUCCAUCUUGCUGCUACCGAUUUGGAUUUAGGAAUUAAUAAAAAGUUUGAAUACAGUUUAUUGGAAUCAGAUCAAAGCAAUUGGUUUGAUCUUCACAGGGAAAGUGGACUUAUCACGACAUCGGAUUAUCUGGAUCAUGAACUAAACCCGGAACCUCGACUGACGAUUGUUGCCACCGAUUUUGGAAUUCCACGUUUGUCGUCAUCAACAACGGUUGUAAUUAGAAUAGGAAAUGCAAACGACACGGCUCCAAAAUUUCAAUCUUCUACUUACAGAAAGACUAUACCAGAAAAUAUGGAAGAGGGAUCAUGCCUUUUGCAGGUAAAAGCUAUCGAUCCGGAUUAUCCUUCCCAGGAAGGACAGAUCGUUUACACAAUUUUUAGCGACAGUGUGCAACCAGACAAAAUAAAUCUUAAUCCUUCGACUGGUGAAAUUUGCAUCAAUAAAGAGUUGGACAGAGAAACAAAAUCAAGUUAUCAAUUUCGAGUUAAAGCUACCGACAAGUCUGGACAACACGACUUCGCUCAAGUCUAUGUUGAAAUUUCUGAUAUCAACGAUAAUCGUCCUGAAUUCCAUCCUGUCGAAUACGUGGCCAACGUCGCGGCUGCUACGUCCAUGGCGGGAAAUCCCCUGACGCAGGUGAUCGCUACUGACGCAGAUGACUCUUCCGAAGACGGCAAUAGAUAUGGUAUCAUCGUGUACGAAGUGGUAACUGGGAACAAUCAAAAACUCUUCUCGUUGAACAAUGAGACUGGAUAUAUAUCAAUAGCCAAACCUCUUGCUGCUUACGGAAACACAGUGAUCCAACUUCGAAUCCGUGCAACUGACGGUGGCGGUAAAUCCAGCGACAGGGACGCAACUGUGACAAUUAGUAUUCUCAAUGAUACGGUGGAAUCUACUGAUGGUCCGGUGUUUGACAAACAAGUAUAUCAAUUCGAUGUUGAUGAAGACGAAAAACAUGGAACUAGAAUUGGGAAUAUUGCUGCUUCUUCACCUGACGAUAUAUCUUACUACAUUCGAAGUGACCCUCCAAUGUCUAGCUGGUUUUCAGUUGAUACCAAGACAGGCGAUAUCACAGUAGCUUCGUCGAUAGAUCGUGAAAUAUUUUCUGAGGUCAAUUUACAGAUCAUGGCAUCUGCUGGAAGUCCUCCGGUGUAUGGAUUCUCCACUAUGAUAAUAACAAUAAACGACAUCAACGAUAAUUCUCCUGUUUUUACCGAUCAAAAUCCUUUCCUUGAUCAUGACGUCAUCAAAAGCGUCACAAUACCGUAUUCAUGGAACACACAAUCUCCGAUAUACACGGUCAAAGCAUCGGACUCAGAUGCUCAAAAUAACGCGUUGAUUCGAUUUAGUCUGAUAGACGAUGCUGGACAUUUCUCAAUCAACAUGAAUUCUGGAGAAAUUAAACUGAGAAGUUCCCUUCCUCAAGAAAACAGAAAUUACAGUGUUUUGGUUCAAGCUUCCGAUCAUGGAAAUCCACCAAAAUCUACUUCUGGUACAGUCGUUAUCCAAGCUCUCAGACCAGAUGGAAGUUGUCCUACUUUUUCUUCCAACAUUUAUUCCAUUUCUAUUCCGGAGGAUACGGAUUUGGCUAUCAGCUUCAGAACCGUUUCUGCUACCCCCUCUGCUGGUAUAGUUUAUCGUUUGGUUCCGAGUGUUGAUUCUUUCACUUUCGGAGUAUAUUGGGAUGGAUCAUUAUAUUUGACUACAAAACUUGAUCGAGAAGUGAAGGAUCGAUAUCAGUUUGAGCUGAUGGCUGAAGGUUCUCAAUCACUAGACUUCACAACACCUUGUGUUGCCAUGACAACCAUUGACAUUACUGUGACUGACGUCAAUGACAAUGUACCAUAUUUUGAUCUGGAAUCAACAAGAUUUAGCAUUCAAGAAAAUAUGCCAAAAGGUUCAAAAGUUGGUGUUGUUACUGCAGUUGAUAAUGACAUUGGAAAGAAUUCUGACUUACGAUAUUCAUUUGCAACUGAAAAUCCUUAUUUUCAAAUCGACUCCGUAUCAGGUGAGAUAACAACCACUCAACAACUUGAUCACGAGUCAGCCUCCAGCCAUCUUCUCACAAUACAAGCUAGAGAUUUGAGUGAAUCACCACUCAUGUCGCAAGUAUCGAUCCGAGUAUAUAUUGAAGAUCAAAACGAUAAUUCACCAAAGUUUUUGUAUCAAUUUGCACCUGUGUUGUCAGUUGUUGUGGAAAAACAACCCAAAGGUACUUUCAUAUCUCAACUUCAAGCAACUGAUAAGGAUAUUGGUAAUAAUGGAUUGAUAAAGUAUUCAAUCUUAUCAGGAGCUGAUAACAAUUUACAAAUUGCCUCUGACACGGGUAGAGUAACCACAAGCAAACAACUUACUGCUGGAAACUCAUACUCACUCACUAUUGAAGCUAAAGAUCAAGGUUCCACUCUACGAUCUUCAACAAUCAGUCUUGAGGUGAAAGUUAUUCAAAGUACAGAAAAUCGUGCCUUAGUGGAAGAAAACAGCUAUGUGUUUUAUGCUGCCAGUGAAACAAAACCUGGAGAUGUCUUGGGAAGCUUCGAGACUAAAGCUCUUACUACCAGAGUUGCAAGAGACGUACACAAUGGUAAUGUACUUUUGGCAAAUUUUCGAAUCACGGAAGGUAAUGAAUAUGAUGUAUUUUACCUCAAUCAAAAUAAUGGAGAAUUGUCAACAACCAAAGAGUUGAAUUACGAAAUGAUGCCACAAUACAAAAUCACGGUGACAGCAGAAAAUUCUGUGAAACCUGAUGAUAUAUAUACCAUGUCAGCACAAAUUAAUAUAGAAGAUGAGAAUGAUUAUUCACCUGUGUUUACGACUGCUUCUUAUUCUAUACCUGUACAAGAGAACAUUGCAAAAAAUACAAAGAUUUGGAAGUUUACUGCCGUUGACAAUGACAUUGGUGAGAAUGGAGAAAUCACUUAUUCAAUUCUCAAUCAAACAGCAAGCAUUGGAAAAAAUCCUCAAACAUUAUCACAAAAUCAAUUUUUUUAUAUUGAUUCUUAUACUGGUGAAUUAUAUACUAAGGCUGAAAUGGAUCGAGAAACUAUUCCCUCAUAUACAUUAGUUAUCAAGGCUACCGAUGGUUCUUCUACAAAUCCCCGUUUUACAACUGUGUCAGCUCUUGUAACUAUUCAAGAUAUGAAUGAUAAAUGGCCUAGAUUUUUAUCACGGAGUGAUGUUUUCAUUUUGGAGGAUGAACCAGUCAAAUUUCCUGUUAUAACUGUAUUAGCAGAAGAUGACGAUCUGGGUCCAAAUUCUCAUGUUAUUUACUCUAUAAUAAGACAAUGGGAUAUGAACGGUAAAGAAGAUGAAAGUUUUCAGAUCAAUUCAAAAACAGGUUUGAUAACAUUGGUGAGGAGAUUGAAUUAUGAAAUGUCAACAACUCAUUAUGUGAAUAUAAGUGCUACAGAUAGUUCAGCUAUUGAUCCACUUACGUCACAUCAGCUUCUUGUUGUGAAUGUGGUCGAUGUGAAUGACGAAUCACCAAAAUUUUCUCGAGAUUUGUAUUUUGCCGAAAUUGAAGAAAAUCAAAUCACAGGAAGUCUCGUUACUAAAGUUACUGCAACUGAUGGUGAUUCAGGUGAAAAUGGCAAAGUAACUUAUGAACUUCAUGAUAAAUCAGAUUCUUUCAAAAUAAAUCAGGACACUGGUGUUGUGGUGACAACGAAACAACUUGAUCGAGAAAAUAUUGAAUCAUAUUCAUUGACUGUGUAUGCACAUGAUGGAGCAUUUCCUUCUCUUUAUACGUGGUGUACAAUCCACCUCACUGUGCUGGAUACAAAUGACAAUUCACCUGACUUUGCAAUCGAUGGUGAUGCAGUUUAUACUGAUGCAGGCUCACUCAUCCUGGGAACCAUCGAAAUACCUGAAUAUGAGCCUGGACCUGCUCUUGUUUACACUGUUAUUGCAUCAGAUUUGGAUAGCGGGAGAAAUGGAGAAAUUUUCUAUAGCAUACAAGAUGGAAACACAGACAAUUCCUUUACAAUGAAUUCAACAACUGGUGAACUCUGGACAACAAAGCGAUUGGAUCGGGAACAAACCAGUUCAUACCGGUUGAAAAUUGUUGCGACAGACAAUGCAAGUCAACCAAGAAGUAGUGAUGCAGUCUUAGAUAUAACCGUGCUAGAUUGGAAUGAUGAAAAUCCUAUUUUUACUGAAUUAUCUUAUCAUGCAGAAAUCAGUGAGGGAUUACCACUGGGUCAAUUUGUUUUGACUGUUCAUGCAGAUGACGCAGAUUCAGGAUUAAAUGGAAAAAUAACCUAUUCUAUUGAUCCUGGUACAAGAGAAAAUCAAGAACCAUCAUCCACUGCUCCUGAAGGUUUAUUUUCCAUUGAUCCUGAGACAGGAGUAAUAACAACAACAGCAAUACUUGAUCGUGAAAAGAAAUCUUCUCAUCAAAUUAUUGUUCAAGCCAUUGAUUCUGCACCUUAUGGUCCCAGGAAAACAUCAGUGACUGUUAAUAUUGAUGUACUUGACAUCAAUGAUAAUCAUCCUAUAUUUACUGAUACAUUAAUUAUAAAAAAUGUCAGUGCAUCUAUCAGCAUUGGAUCUGAUAUUACUACCUUAUCAGCACAAGAUAAAGAUGAUGGAGAUAAUGGAACUGUCUUUUAUAGAAUUACUGGUGGCAAAACAGCUCCAUUUGGUUCUUCCAUCAACAAAUUUCAAAUUGACAACAAUGGACAAAUAACAACCACAUUUGCAUUGUCUGGUGCUUACACAUAUUAUCUGAAUAUAACUGCAAGUGACAAUGGGAUUCCUCCGCACACGUCCGAUGCUGUCGUUAUUGUAAAUGUUGUACCAUUCGACAUUCCGAAUUUCUCCCAAGUUCUAUUUCAAAAACCAAUAUAUCAGGUUGAUAUGCAUGAAAAUACACAAAAGGAUAGCAGAGUAACUCAGGUUCGAGCAAAGUUGUUUGAAGAUGGUAAAGAAGUUGAGGAUGAAUCAUCUGUCAAUAUAAUGUAUGAUUUUGCUUCUGGAAAUGAAGAUAAAACAUUUGUCAUCGAUAAUGAUGGUGUUAUCACUGUCAAAGAUCCAUCUAUGCUGGAUUUUGAGUCUUUGCCUGAAAUUCGAUUGAUCGUCUAUGCUGCUGCUGUCCCAACAAACGGAGCAAUCAGUGGUCCAAUGUAUGCCCAUUCUACAGUCAUUGUUAAUUUACUUGAUGAUAAUGAUAAUUCACCACAAUUUGCACAAGAUCGUUAUGUAACGGAGGUUUGGGAAGAACAAGAUGCAGGAACAUAUGUACUACAGGUUUCUGCACAUGACAUUGAUAGUUUAGAAAAUGGUGAAGUACGAUACUAUAUUGAUUCUGGCAACACUGAUCGAUCAUUUCUUAUUCAUGAUGUUACUGGAAUAGUUACAACUGCUCUCACUUUGGACAGAGAGAUUCACAAGGAAUAUAAGCUGACUGUUUAUGCUUAUGAUCUUGGAGCUCCUCGUCGUACAGGAUCAUGUACUUUGAAAGUAACUGUUGUUGACAUCAAUGAUCACAAACCAACGUUGAAUGUUCCUGCCAGAGGUUCCCUCUCUGUCUCAGAGAAUGUUGACAUUGGAACAUUAAUUACAAAAGUAACAGCGAAUGAUCCUGACUUAGUGACUCCAACAUUUCAACUUGCUUCUAAUAAAGAUAAUCAAAAUGAUUAUUUUACCAUUGAUAAGCAAGAAGGCACUAUCCAUCUUGCCAAAUCUCUUGAUUAUGAAAUGAUGCAUCAAGCAAUCAUUGUUGUGCAAGCAACAGACGGACAACAUACAGAUGAGAAAGAAAUCUUCCUUAAUAUUGAAGAUGACAAUGAUAAUGCACCUGUCUUUAAACAACAAUCUUACCAGGCAACUUUGAACGAACUUUCACCUGUGAAUACAACUGUGACACAAGUACAUGCUGAUGACAUUGACUCCAAUAAUAAUGGAUUGAUCACUUAUACACUCAUUGAUACUUUACCGAGCAAAGCAAUGUUUGUUGUCGAUAAAUAUUCAGGAAUGAUCUACACAAACAUGACUGAAUCUUUCAACCCACAAUCAUCUGUUUAUAAUCUGAUGAUAUUAGCAGAAGAUCAUGGCCAACCUUCACUUAACAACACUGUAUCUGUUCGUAUACAGAUCAAAGAUGUGAACAAUCAUUCACCAUUGUUUGGUUCUGAAUCAUAUGAUGCGAGUGUUAGUGAGUCGGCCGAGCGUAACACUCAUGUAAUUAAUAUCACAGCAACUGAUGCUGAUUUUUCAAAAGAUAAUCGUCAUAUUUAUUACAAAAUAACAUCUGGAAACGAAGGCAAUGCAUUCAAAAUCAACACACACACUGUGAUAGAUGGUGAAAACACAGUCGGUGAAAUAUGUGUUGCCAAUGAACUGGAUCGAGAAAACAUUUCUGAGUAUCAAUUGACUGUAACAGCUUAUGAUGAAGGAUCUCCUCAGAUGUCCAGUGAGACUACAGUUACCGUGGUGAUAGAUGAUGUCAAUGAUAAUCAACCAAUAUUCAACCAAACAUCUUAUGAAGCCGAUAUUGCAGAAGAUGCAAAGCAAGAAUCUGUUUUAACGAUAUUUGCAAUGGAUCCAGACAGUUCAUCCAAUUUAAUGUUUAAAAUAACAGCUGGAAAUGAUGAUUCUGCUUUUGCAAUUGAUGAAUGCAUUCCUUCUUAUAACGGUUGUGCUAAUAUUACAGCAAAUGGACUUGAUUAUGAACAACGGACAUCUUAUAAUUUGACUGUCCAAGUAUGGGAUGGAAGAGAUGUUUCUAUAUCAAGAUCAUCCAUUGUAACAGUCAAAAUCAAUAUAUUAGAUGUCAAUGAACAUCCACCUUUCUUUGUUGGGAUUUUUAGAUACUUAAAAGAGAUUCCGGAAUCAGUGAGACCAAACCAGACUUUAUUUUGGCUUCCUGCUACUGACUAUGAUGAAGGAAUAUAUGGAGACUUGUAUUUCACUAUCAUCAACAACAAAAACUCUUCAAAUGGCUGCCGACCUGCCAAUCAAAUGUUUGAAAUUAUUCAAAAAACUGGAGAAGUUCGAUCGCGACACGAGUUUGACUAUGAAACUUGUCAGCAGUAUUUAUUUCAAGUCAGAGUUGAAAACUUUGGUGAGGGAAAUCCUAGGCUUGCGAAAUCACAACCUUCAUCUACUCUUCCAAUUGAAAUCAAUGUUGAACCAGUUGAUGAAUUCCCUCCUUUAUUUUCUUCAUUGGGAGAUGAAGUUUUGUAUAAAUUCAAGGUUCCAUAUUCUGCAACGGCUGGAUAUGUUAUUGGUGUGGUCAAUGCUACAGACAAAGAUGCAGGAGUAGAUGGAAAAAUUUCUUAUGAGAUUGAUCAAGAGGAUCAAGAUCAGGAAUUUGUUAUCAAUUCAACUUCUGGUGUCAUCUCUUUAUCUAGAAGACUUGACAACACUAACAACAGAGUUCUCACUGUUUCAGCAAUAUCUAGAGAACAAAAAGCAAGAACGCUGGUUACUAUUGAAGUUGAAGGUGCUCCAGCGAUUGCAUUUGAAGCUCAAAUUUUAUCUAUUGUAUUCGGAGUAAUAGCUGGUGUAGCUGUUGUUAUUGUUUUAAUAUUAUGUAUAAAACACAGAAGAAACAAAAAAGCACAAAGUCGACCACCAAAUGCAACAGCUUCACAAAUUGGAAAUGAAGGAGAAUUUUAUGAUCCUGCUACAGCUCAUAAAAAUAAAAAUGGAAUUCCUAUUGCUGCUCCGAGACAAAUCAACAGUGCUAAUAGAAAUUGUAAAUCUGCCUCAACAAGAAACUCGUCGGAAUAUCAGAUUCGCCGAACUGGUAGCGCACACAGUAAUACUGCUAAUGGUAUUUUACGUCAUUCUGUGUCAACCAACGGGCAUGCUCAUGCUAUAGAAAAUGGUAAUCGUUCCAAAUCGAAUUCUGGUGCAAAGAUCAGUGGAAACUUAUCAAACGGACAUGUGAUUAGUAGAUUGUCAUCUUCAAACACGAAUGGACACGUCGUUCAAUAUAGAGGAACAAACUCAGUGUCAAGUGGUAGAGGAUCAACUCAAGAUGAGGACGAUGUUGACAAAGAAGUAGAUCGAAUCAAUUCAUCAUCUGAUAUAACAAACAAUAAUAGUCCGACCGGUUCAGUUCCUAAGCCUAAGAUAAGAAGAAAAUUAUCUGGGCAGGGAAGGCAUAGAAAACAAGUUCCAGAUUCUGGAAUUCAAAAAGAUAUUGAUGUUGAAAGUGAAAUAAGUGAUGGUCCAAUUAAUAUCAGAUCUCCGCCUAGUGUUGAAAGCAUUCAUGUUUUUGGAGAUGAAGGUGCUGGGGAAGAACCAUUAAAUAUCAAAGAUAUCGAAGAAGAUUUGGAAACUGAAUUUGAAAACGGGGCAAAAAAAUCUAAUGUUUUAUCAGGGAUGAUGAAAAUACCGUAUUCUGAAGAUCAAUCUCUGACAAAAACGGAGAUAGAUUCACAAUAUAGAUCACCUUUGGGUACCGACAGCAAUAAAAGUAGCAUUUUAAGUAAACGAGGGGGUGAAAGUAUUGAAUCGGGUUACAGCAGAAGAGAUCAUUUAACAAACUGGGCUCCUGAAUUCCAACCCCUUGCAAAUGUAUUUUCAGAAAUUGCAAAAUUGAAAGAUCGUGAAGCAGCGGCAAGAACUGCAAACCAAAGUACUUUUAUUAUGAAAGAUCUUUCUGUGCCCCGAACUAUUUCUCAAGUUCAAGAUCCUCCACCUUUGAUAACUUCAGUAGCAGAGCAAAGAAAUAAUUUAGUUGCACCUGUUCCUCUUGGCUACACUUCCAAUCGAUUGCCUGCUGGUCGCAGAACAGUGGGUGGUAAUUUGAUGGGUUUAUACCCUCAUUCUCAGCCACAAUAUAUUCGUACCGGUAAUAAUCUUCCACCAAAUUCAUAUCUUUCUUCCCUAUACACUAGUGCUCUUAUAAGGCCUGUUAACACCUCAUCUAAUAAUGCCAACAUCACCCGACCCCAAGUGGGAUUUAAUUUACCCCAGGGUAACAUUGGGGGUCUCGGGGCUUCAUCUAUAAACUCAAGUCAACAGGGGUUAUCUGUGUCUUCCUUACCUCGUACCCCAAUCAGUCAUGAAUCAAGCUUUACCUCUCCCGCGAUGUCUCCCAAUUUGACUCCAUCCUUGAGCCCUUUAGCGACAAGAUCGCCCUCUGUUUCCACUGUAGGUGAGGGUGGGGUUGGCAUGGGUUAUGACACAGAAGAUGGUUGUGGUUCUGGACUACCGUUAUCAAGAAGUGACCCCAAUUUAGCUGCCUAUGCUCCAGAUGACAUGAGAGGCAGAGAAGAAAGAAUGGUGCAUGUUUAACUUAUAAUUUGAUACAAAAGAGAAGGAUAUAAUAGGAUUUCAUGUUUAUAUUUGGUGAAGGAUUGGUUCAGGUCAAAAUAGCUUUUUCUUAUCGAUUUUAGAUAUUGAAAUAGCUAACCGUUUCUAUACAUGAAUGGGUGUGGAUCUACACUCGUUAUGCAUGAGGUUCAAAACGCUCUGCAUAAGUAGUCAUAUGUGAUAUAUCGGAAUUAAAUUCAGUAGUAGAAUUUGUUAAAUUGAUGUUUUGGUAAUAUUCGAAUGAUAUUUUUAGUUAAGAUAAAUUCAGAUUUCAGUCACACAUAUUUUCAUGACAUAUAAUAUAUUUAUCUCUGUUUUUGUUGGCAACUAAAGCGGUACAAUUUUCUUUCUUAAUUUGUUAUUAUUGUAAUAUUAUUUCAAAUUGUUUUUUCUCGCUUUUUUGGACGCGAUGUUCCAUCCUGUUGUAUAAUAAUAGUUCAUUCGGAAAAUUCAAUUUUGAGAUUGAUUAUCUGGCUCUAGACAGAAUGUAUCCGCUAAACAACUGUUUUUCUAUUGUUCCACGUUUAUUUAUUUUAUCUCCUGGAGGACGUAUAUCAUUUGCAUCUUUAAUGGAAAAUUACUAAUGGCUUAUGGUCUUUCUCUGUCGCCUGAGAUGUCCUUAUUAUCUUUCUGUGCGUAUUUUCGUUUUCUUCUUUGUGCCUUAAAUGCAGUCCAUUUGUUCAUGUUGAUGUUUUUUUGUUGUCAUUUACGUCCCAGAGAUAUCAUGUUGUGCACGUUACUUCCACAUUUCCUAUAGAAUCUUUUUCAAAUUUAUGGUUUGUAUGAGAGAAACUCUAUUAACUAUUAUCAUCUUUGUGGUUACUGUGCCCAUUUCUGAAUAGCCUGAGUGGAAUGUUACCUGUUGCUAGAUUUUUAUAGGUAAUAUUUUGAAGCAUUUUUGUCACCUGAUUUUUAUUUUAUGAAAGCGAUGUUUUUUGAUUCUGCCAAUAAAUGAAUACCUUUGUUUUUA